AUGUGGCUCCGAGACCCAUUCCCUCAUCUGUUCUCGGAAGUAGAUUUCCAGGUCACCUGCGACCACUCCAACGGAAACACUAGCGACCCAGGAAACCUUGUCAAUGGCAGUUUCAAGUUCGUUCAAGCCAACCAUCGAACUGUUAAGUUCUACAAAUACUGGUACGAGUUAAGGUGGACAUUUUGCGGCAAGAACGAGCAAGACGUGUUCAACAUCAUCAAACACGACCGGUUUGUCACAGAAGAGCUCAGUCUCACGAUGCGGUUUCUUGACACGGUUCACUUCCGAGGGUUCUGCCAAUUGCACCGCGAGAUGGAAAAGAUAUGCAUCAUGCAUGCUAAUUGUUGUUUGGGAUUACAUAACAAGAUUAAUGGUUUGAGGCAAGCUCUACAGGACUGGAAAGAUUACUUGUCGGCAACCGACCGCCGGAAGUGGCGAUCAUCGGAUAGGUGCAAGGGAAGCAUGUCUAAUAAUAUCAUUAAUAGUUUAGAAUUUAGAUGGUAA